AUGCUUGGCGAGGGGUUGUCUGCGAGUAUCUGGGCUCCCAAGCAAGGAGAACAUUAUGGCCCCAAACCGGGAAAUUGGCACUGCAUCUGUGGCUACUCCAACUUUGCUAGGCGCACAGUUUGCAAUCAAUGCAUGGCUCCGAGAGGCAACGAUGAUCCUUCACUCGGGCACGCAUCUGGUAUAAUCCCACAGCGGCAGACUUCAGUGCAUCAGAAUGGAGCCAACCAAGUCUACGCUAAAGGACACCCCACACAUGCUCCGGUAGACUACAGCUGGCAACCCAUACACCAUGAUGGACAUACUGCGGCACUCAAAAGUAGUCAUGGAAAUCAAUCGCGGACCGUUCAGGCGUCAGAUUCUUCAACCAUUGAUCUGCUACAUCCUCAGAAAUACGGCUUGGCGACGAGUCGCUGGGCGCCCAAGAACUAUAGACCAGGACGGCAGCAAUCAGAUGGGCCUGAGAUAUGGACACGGACCGUCGCCAAGCCCAGACCACAAACGAAUUACACCUCCCCUCCUGUUUCGAAACCACCCGACUUUGGCCUCCCAUACGAAGUACAGCAUUAUAUUCUCGCAAUGAUUCAACGAAUAUUAGAGGAGGGGUGCUAUGACUUUGCGUCAAGAUGGGUGCCAAAUAAGCUGUUCGAGUACAACUGGACUUGCCCCGAAGCAGUAGAACUUUCAACAUGGAAGAAGAUGUUACCCGAAAUUCUGCCUCCGAACGCAAUCACGGACGUCCCAAACACAUCUCUCGAGAAGGGUUUAUUAAAUGCAGUACGGAUACGCAACUCCGCAGUCCACCGUCACUUGAGCGAUAAUAUCGAGAUCAAGCGAAUGGCACUGCAAGCUCAGAAUUUGAUGGCGAUGUUCUCGGAUGUCACGAGGCAGAACAAAUUGUAUUAUUUGCAGAUUGAGUUGGGCGAGUGGAAUAGUUUGAAUGCAGUAGAUCCGCAGGCUGCUAGAAGCAAGUUACAGAGUGCGUUACAGGAGAUAAGUGAAAGGCUUCUAGAUGAUAUGGAUUGUCGGCAAUACAUUCUUGGCCUCACCAACCUUUCCUCAACAUUUUCCAUUAUGGCUGCAAAUCCUCUCAAUGAUUGGAAUGUCGGUCAAAAAUCAGGACCAGUCAGUAUUGGCAGUCACAAGUUAUGGUUGAGCGUACGUGGUCCAGAUCGGAAAGCCGGCCAGCCUCUGGUAAUCAUCAUACCAGGCUUGACAAGUAGCACGGCAGGCUGGGCCGCAGUUCACCGCGGACUAUUGCCUUUUACUCGAGUCCUACAAUACGAACGAUCUGGAUAUGGAGAAAGUGAGUGUUCGCCUGAGAAACCAACAGCAACAACGAUUGCCAAAGAGCUUGAUCUGCUUCUCAGAGCCGCAAAUAUACUGCCACCCUAUAUCACCGUCGCUCAUUCAUGGGGUGGUGUUCUCAGCAGGGAGUUUCUGGCCUUGCGUCCUCGAGACGUAGUUGGAAUGGUAUUCGUCGACGCAAAUCAGGAACGCACGCUUGAGGUCUUGGACUGGCGGCCGAUUGGUCUGUCAGACCUGAUGACCGGCAUCGACUACGAUGAUGCGACGGGGAUAUCGCAGGCGCACAAGCUCACUGGCGACGAAUGGCGCAUCUAUAAAGACAUCGAGGGCACAGAACAACACCGGCGACAAGCCGAUCUGGAAAUCACCGAGUACCCCAAAAGCCACCCCAUCUUGAAAGCCAAGGCUCAACUACACAGAGAGACCCCCAUUCUCGGCGAUCACCCUGUCUGCGUCAUCAAAGGUGACAAUAGGGUGCAUCUCGAAAAGCUCUUGAAUGCUGGCCUGGCUCGAGGCAACUGUGAUGAUGCCCAGGAGAUUUGGUUUCGAGACCUGCUGAGUACGUGGGAUGUGAAGGAUCGGGCGCUGCAAUCUGACUUUUUGCUGCUUUCGACGAAGUCUCGCUUUAUCGAAGUGCCAAAUAGUGGACACAAUGUGCAUUUGACGGAGCCGGAUUCCAUCGUUGAGGGUGUAAAAUGGACACUGUCUGAAUUUCAAAGGCAGGCGGAGCAGUGA